UCGCAGCAGCUGAAUCCUCCGCCGAUGGACCGAAUGUAUGUGCGGAUCCUCUGAAGUCGGAGACGACAGACACGAGGACGGAGAUGGAGAGGAGAGCUUUUUUCAAGUUUUCUUAAAAAAGAGUGACAGAAAGGAAAGAAAAGAUGGGAGAGAGAGAGAGGGAGGAUGAAGGAGGAGACUCUGAGCUCCACAUGGCUGUUUUAAAAAGAGACAAAAGCUGCAGUUUAACUUUGAUGUGUGAAACGUUUCAGAUUUCUGAAUCUAUCCGCUGGAAAUAAACACUUGUUGUUUAUGAGACACAAACUGACCGUUCAGACGAAAUCCACGUUUUAUUUCAAGCGGAAAUCAACUUUCUCUUUUUCAGACUGUCAGACGAACAUAAAUAUGAACUGAAACACAGAAAAAGGAAACAAGCUGAAGCUCUUCAUCAGCUGCUCCGGACUCACCUCUGACCUCCGCGCAGGUUGAGGACUGUCCUACCUGUCCCCUAGGUGUCCCUCUCUUCUCGGGGUCGUCGGCAUGCAGCUGAACCGGCCUCGUAGCGCCCUGCUGGGGUUCAGCCUCCCUCCUCCUCCUCCGCCUCCUCUUCCUCCUCCCUCCUUCUCCAGUCAGUUCGGCACCAUGAGGUUCUCCUAUCACCUGAGCAGCAGCGCCGCCUGCAGGACAGGUCCCUCCUCCUCCUCCAGUCCCAGCUUGCUGACGAAGAGUCUCUCUCUGGAGCCUCCCUGCUCCCCCUGCGGCCACCAGGGGGCGUUGGACGCUGACGCCGACGCAGACGCUCCCCAGCAGCCGAGCUCCGACCCAGGGCCGACCUCCUCCUCAUUGGGCCCCGCCUCCCUUGAGGGAGGGGCUCCGCUAACAGAGCGCCGCGGCUCCGCUAACGGGCUGCUGCUGGUUAACGACACGGGGCCGCCGGAGCUGCCGGCUGCCACGAUAACACCACCGAGCAAGAGCAGACCGCCGCUGCCCGGACCGAAACCUCAGGUCCCACCGAAGCCCCCCCACCUCCAGCAGCAGGCGGGCGUGUCAAGGCCACGCCCCCGGGCUCCAGACAAGCCCCUCCCCCCUCCCCCGCCCUGUAGACCCCUCCCGGCAGACCCCCGAGGAGGUGGCCGGACUCCGCCUUCCCGUGCAGACGGCACCGCCUCCCCCACCUGCGUCCUGUCACUCAUUGAGAAGUUUGAGCGCGAGCAGAUCAUCGUGGUUCCUGACAUCACCGGGGGGGCUCUGUGUCCCCGCCUCCCCGACCCCUCCUCCUCCUCCCUCUCCUCCUCCCGACCUUCAUCACCGCCAUCAUUAUCAUCGCCCGCCCCUCCCCCGCCUGGCGAGGAGCCGCUCUCUGAGCUCAAAGGUCAUGAUGACAUCACAGCGAGGGGUGAGGGGGAGGGAGAGGAAGCAGAGGGCGACCUACAUGAUGAUGAUGACGACGAUGAUGAUGAUGAAGAGCUGGCAGCGGCGUGCCGCGAUGACGUCCAUCAGAAACGUCUCUCCAUGGAGUCUGGCUACAGCGCCUCAGAGAAACAUCUGGAGGACGAGGUGGUUGCCGUGGAGAUGAGGGAGCAACAACCGCUGCCGCCGCCGCUUUUGCACGACCAAUCAGAGCUCCCCUCUGAGCGUUUGUCCCUCCCCUCCUCGCAGACGGAUGGGAAACUGGCCAAUCGGGACAGCGGGAUCGACAGCAUCAGCUCGCCGUCGCACAGCGAGGAGCUCUGCUUCGCCGGCGUGGACGACGGGGGUGUGGCUUACCCAUGCAGCCCCGCCCUCCUGCCCCGCCUCUCCAGCUCGUCCUCAUACGCCGGCGAGGGAGGGGAGGGAGAGGGAGAAGAGGGGGAGGCGCGUGGCGGAGCGAGAAGGAGGAGGGAAUUCUCUGAAGACGGAGACAGCGACCUGGAGGAGGAGGAGGCGGAGCUAACUCUGGUGCUGCCGCCGCCCACCAAGACAGACAGACAGGACUCUGCUGAGCUGUCUGUCCAGCAGAGGGUCUUCAACAUCGCCAAUGAGCUGCUGCACACAGAGAUCGCCUACGUCUCUAAGCUCCACCUCCUGGACCAGGUUUUCUGUGCCAGACUCCUGGAGGAGGCCCGCUCUCGCUCCUCCUUCCCCUGCGACGUCGUUCAGGGAAUCUUCUCCAACAUUUACUCCAUCUACUGUUUCCAUCAGCAGUUUCUGCUGCCAGCGCUGCAGAAACGGAUGGAGGAAUGGGACUCAAACCCGCGGAUCGGCGACAUCCUGCAGAAGCUGGCUCCUUUCCUGAAGAUGUACGGCGAGUACGUGAAGAACUUUGACCGAGCCAUGGAGCUGCUGAACAUCUGGAUGGAGAGAUCGGCUCAGUUCAAGAGCAUCAUCCAGGAGAUCCAGAGGGAGGAGCGCUGUGGUAACCUGACUCUGCAGCAUCACAUGUUGGAGCCGGUUCAGAGGAUUCCUCGCUACGAGCUGCUGCUCAAAGAUUAUCUACACCGACUGCCAGAGGACGCCCCCGACUACAGGGACGCCCAGAAGUCUUUGGAGCUCAUCGCCACGGCAGCAGAACACUCCAACGCUGCCAUCAGGAAGAUGGAGCGAAUGAGGAAGCUGUUGAAGGUGUACGAGUUGUUGGGAGGAGAAGAAGACAUCGUUAACCCGACUAACGAGCUCAUUAAAGAAGGACACAUCCUCAAACUGUCAAAUAAGAACGGGACCACGCAGGACAGAUACCUCAUCCUGUUUAACGACAGGUUGCUGUACUGUGUCCCGAAGUUGCGUCUGAUUGGUCAGAAAUAUGGAGUCCGUGCUCGCAUCGACGUGGACGGCAUGGAGCUGAAGGAGACCAGCAGUGUUGCAGUGCCUCGGACGUUCCUGGUGUCGGGAAAACAGCGAUCCCUGGAGCUGCAGGCCAGGACAGAGGAGGAGAAGAAAGACUGGAUCCAGGCCAUCCAGGCGACCAUCCAGAGACAUGAGCAGACAGUGGAGAGCUUCAGACAUCUGACCUGUUCGCUCCGAGACGAUGAGUCCACACCGCCUCACUCCCCGAGCUGUGUGGAGUUGGGGAAACGAGCUCCGACUCCGAUCAGAGAGAAGGAAGUCACUCUGUGUAUGAAAUGUCAGGAGCCGUUCAACUCCAUCACCAAGAGGCGACACCACUGUAAAGCCUGUGGACACGUGGUUUGUGGGAAAUGUUCGGAGUUUCGUGCUCGUCUUUCAUACGACAACAACCGAACCAACCGUGUUUGUGUCGACUGCUACGCCACGCUGGUGGGAGUGUUGCCCUCGCCCGCCACGCUGACCAGCAGCAGCCAGAGGAGGCGCUCCAUCCUGGAGAAACAGGCCUCGCUGGCAGCAGAGAACAGUGUGAUUUGUAGUUUUCUUCACCACAUGGAGAAAGGAGGGGGUCGGGGCUGGCAGAAGGCCUGGUUUGUCAUCCCUGAAAACGAGCCGCUGGUGCUCUACAUCUACGGAGCUCCACAGGAUGUGAAGGCGCAGCGUAGCGUGCCUCUGAUUGGCUUCGAGGUCUCUCUCCCUGAAUCAUGUGACCGCCUGGAGCGACGCCACGCCUUCAAGAUCUCCCAGAGUCACCUGACCCUCUACUUCAGCGCAGACGGGGAGGAGCUACAGCGGCGGUGGAUAGACGUCCUGUCGAGGGCCGGCCGAGGGGAGGAGCUUCAGAUCCACCAACCGAUUGCGGAGAGUCUGGAGGAGGAGGGGGAGGAGUUUGCUGCGGCGGAGGAGGAGAACACGUGAUUUCAUUGGACGUUGAAGGAUGGCAAUGAUGAAGGGGCGGAGUCUUUGAAUGAUGAUGAAUCCUGUUGGAAACAAAACCUACAAAACCAGUUGUAGCUGAUAUUUAACACACACACACACACACACACACACACACAAACACACACACACACACUCUGUGUAUUUAAAGUUGCGUGGUCCGUCUGCAUGAUUCCUCCCCGCUGUCCACACAAGAUGGCGUCUCUCUCUCUCUCUCUCUCUCUCGCUCACUCUCGCUCUGAUUCACCUGUUAGGUGAUGUGGGCGGAGCCUCUGGUUCAAUCAUCUUCUAUAAAUGUCUUCGUUGUAAAUUCUUCCCAGAACACAAAACCGCAGGAUUCUCCUCAGUUUGGUUUGUGGAAUGGCUCGAGACACUACAUUACCCAUGAGCCUCAGCUGCUGCUGCUGCUGCUGCUGCUGCUGCUGAUAUGAAGAAGAAAACUGACCCCAAAAUCCAAAACGUGAAUUCAAAAUUGUGAAUUUCGCAAAAGUUUCUACAAAGAUCAGCCCGCCAGCGGCUGCACGGCAACACAGUCUGAAGCUCUCUGGACAACAACGCACAUUUAAUCAACUCUAAUAGUUCCAGUUACGGACUCACUCGUGUCUCUCUUCAGUCCUCUUUACGUUUCUAGAAGACAGGAAGUCGUUUACCGAUGUACUCACUUUUUAACAGCGUUGGUUAUUGUGAGUUCAUCUUGUUUUUAACGUGCGUUACCUGACAGCCUGAAGUGACAGUUUGGAGACACCGAGAAGGUUAAAUAACAAAGUGGAUUCUCGUUUAGCUCACAGUUUAAACUGUUUGACGUUGUGUCCAGUCGUCUGUUCUCAUCUCCAGUAACUCUUCUUCUGAUUCUCACAGUCUGACGUAGAAUCUGCAUCACUGCUCAUUUAUUGCAGAUUAUUGACAGUUAAAACCCAGAAACACACUUUUUCACAAAGUCUGAUGAAAGAAACCGGAUGUUGAAUAUAACGCAGCUCAGUCACAUCCAUAUUGGACGAUUCUGCGCCUCAUGAUUUACAUCCGGUGCAGGAAGUAGUUUGUCUUUUUUGGUAAAGAAGAUGAAAGCAAAGGAGUCCAAAAAAUAGACAGUGGAUACGGGAGGUGUUGACAUGUUUGUUGGCGUGUACCUGACUGCACAGUCAAACAUUUUAGACCCCAAACAUGUUCCAGACAAGUACGCAAACGCACAAGCUUCGAGCUACACAAUAUCGCUGUCUCCUCCGUGAGCAAUCGAAAGGUCACAUGACAUCCUCUGUGUUUUUAAGCAGUACACAAUCCUCCACAGACGCCAUGUGUCUUUACUACUGUUGUCAUAGAAAUGCCUCCUUGAGGACUGAGAUCGAUCACCAGAGCAUAAAUGUGUGUUCAGACAGAAAGCAAAUUUUUGCCUCCCGACAUUCUUGCGAAUUUGUCAGUUUGUGUUUAUUCGCCCCAAACAGCCAAAACAGCGACUGUACAGUCAGUGUUUCCAUGUUUGAGCUGUAACUCCAGUUCUUUUCCCAUCCUCUCUAAACGUUUAUGAAGCAGAUCCAUGAGGCUGCGAGCGAGGCGGGAAUUAUUUGCUCAAGUUGAAACAUGUUCAACUCACGCAGACACGUCUUCUCACCCCGGCGAAUUCACAUCAACUUGCGCCUUUUCAUUGAUCGCUCUACUUCUACAAGUCUCUUCUCGUUCUGUCUGAACACACUGAAACACGUUGAGUUCUUUCACUGGGGUCACAUGUUUGCGUACUUGCGUGUAGCAUGUUCAGGGCCUUACUGUGCACACAGACCGUCUGUGUGGAAACUUGCAGACUUGAGCAUAAUAAUAAUAAUAAUAAUAAUAAUAAUAAUAAUACAUUUACAUCACACAGACCCUUGUAGUGAUGUGGAUGUGGAAAGUGUAACAUUGGCUGUAAGGUGUGGAGAUCCUGCUGGUGGACGAAUGCAGUUAACGUGACCAAUCUCAUCCUAACUGUGGUCAUCAUAACAGAUUUAGUAAAAAAAGGGAGAAUUUUAAAAUUUCAGGGUAAUCCAAGUUUUUACAGAAUCGUCCAACAUGGAUUUCCUCGCCUGGUUGAUGGGUUGAUAAUAAUGUGGACUCUGGUUGGGGUUUUGUGUUCUUCUGUCCUCCAUAACAAACAACAUCCAACCAUCUCAGUGUCAGCCACACUCGGAUGGAUUAACAAGCACAUGAACAUGUCGCAGACGGCAGCUGAGGAGUCGACCUACAACCUGACGCGAUCGUAGCUGCUGCUGCUGCUGUCGCCCGAUUCAAGAAGAGAUUAAAGACGAGAUUCUUUCCCUUUUUUUUUUUUUUUU